GCUCCUGCUCCAGCGGCACAAUGUGAUCCACCGUCAAGGAGGCGUCCGAUAAGGAGCCGUGGAAGAUGGAGCACUUCUCGUCCAGUCUGGUUUUACUUCUGGUCAUUUCGGGUGCAUUUGAAUUUGGACUCAUUGCUGGGUUGGACCACCAUGAGGUGACUAUUCUGUCUCCGAGAGACCUGGCCAUCAGAGAUAACAGCCUUCGCAACCCAGAAGGACCUGCAGUACAUUCUCAGUCUUUCAAGUUGGUGCCUUCCGUGGGGAUACAGAACAGUAAGUUGCUUAACAAAACCUGCUGCCUGAAUGGAGGGACCUGCAUCCUGGGGUCCUUCUGUGCCUGUCCACCUUCUUUCUAUGGACGCAACUGUGAACGUGACGUACGAAAAGAGCACUGUGGGUCUGUCCUCCACGGUAACUGGCUGCCCAAGAAGUGUUCCCUGUGCAGGUGUUGGCAUGGCCAGCUCCACUGUUUUCCUCAGACCUUUUUACCUGGCUGUGAUGGUCAUGUGAUGGACCAGGAUCUGCCAGCAUCCAGGACUCCAGGACAAGCUCCGUCUGUGCCGACCACUUUCAUGCUAGCUGGCAUUUGCCUUUUUCUAGAAAUGAAAGUGUAGGUGUCAUAUGAAUUCAAUGCCAGUGCCCUAGCAAAGGUGAUCACUUGUCAUUCAUUUGAAAGUAAUAGUCAUAGUGAUCCCUGACACUCCCCUCAAAACACUAACCAGGCCUUACCUCUGCACAGCUCCACCCCGUUCUGCCUGUGCUGGCCGUCAAAGCAUUGUGUGUGCUAAGAGCAGCCUAAAAGCUGUGUGAGCUAGGCCACCAGCCUAAAACUAUACCACAUGGCCACAUUCUGCUUUUGAUUUUAAUUUUAUUUUAUGUGCAUUGGUGUUUUGCCUGCAUACAUAUCUGGGUGAGGGUGUUGGGUGUCCUGGAACUGGAGUUGCAGACAGCUGUGAGCUGCCAUGUGUCUGCUGGGAAUUGAACCUGGAUCCUGGAAAAGCAGUCAGUGCUCUUAACUGCUGAGCCAUCUCUCUAGUCCCCAUAUACAUUACUAGAAAGCCAAAUUAUAAAACUACAUAUUGUAAAGUAGUUUUUAUAAUAGUUUAAUAAGAGUGUGCACAGUAAAAAUGGGAACUCUGUUGAUCAAAA